AUGCUGAUGCAAAAUGUGGAUGCAUGUCCAAAGACCACCCAAACUCUUUCUAAAAAGUACCUAAAGCUUUUUAGGAAAAAGAAUAUGAGAGUUUCAAUUAAGUUACUGGCUUCCUUGGUUCUUGUUCUGGUUUCUUCAGUGGCUAAUGGAGACCCUGUUGUUCCUGCACUCAUCAUCUUUGGGGACUCUGUUGUUGAUGUUGGGAACAACAACAAUCUCAAUACACUGAUCAAGGCAAACUUCCUACCAUAUGGAAGAGAUUUUGUUACUCACAGGCCAACUGGAAGAUUCUGCAAUGGAAAACUGGCCACAGACUUCACUGCUGAGUUCCUCGGGUUCACCUCGUACCCACCAGCUUACCUUAGUCGAGAUGCCAGGGGAAAUGCUCUCCUGACUGGAGCUAACUUUGCUUCAGCUGCUUCUGGUUUAUGUGACGGAACUGCAAACCUAUACCGUGCCAUUCCAUUGACCCAGCAGUUAAACUACUACAAGGAGUAUCAAACUAAAGUGGUGAACCUGGUAGGAAAAGCUAAAGCUAAUGGUAUAAUCUCUGGCGCCAUACAUCUUUUAAGUGCAGGAAGCAGUGAUUAUAUUCAGAAUUACUACAUCGAUCCUCUAGUCAGAGUCUAUACACCAGAUCAGUUCUCCGACAUUCUCAUAAGAUCUUACUCUACUUUCAUUCAGUAUCUGGAACAUUUACAUGAGAACUUCAUGCCUGUUUUGAAUCAUGUUUGA